AUGAGGUGCAUUUUGANAAAAAGCGUGAAAAAAAUCCCGUCCUCAUCGCCACCAUGCAACAAGCCUGACCUUGACCUUGGAGAACCCGAAAUCGUCCCGCUAGAAGAAGGCAUAACAGAGUACCCAAUGGAGAAAAUCUUCCCGAGAGAGGAGGUGGUGAAAAUGGAGAGGGAGGUCGCAAGGACCAACUUCUUGGCCGAAUCCGUCAUCGCCACGGACGAGCGCCUCCGUGUAAGCCCUUGCACCUCUCAGCCGUACCAAUGGAUCUGCCAUCUCAAAAUGCGCGCGGCCAGCGGGCAAUACUAUAUCGGCACUGGCGCUUUCAGCACGAUGCUCGGUCCGGGCCAGCCCGCCAUUAUUCUAACCUGUGCCCAUAAUCUCUACAUGAAAGAAGAGGGCGGAUACGUCACGAGCGUCACCGUCUACCCGAUGCGGGACUCCUACAAGGCACCUUCGGGUCAAUUCACGGUCGGGCGAGAAAAUUUCCGAUGUCGGGAGGCUUUCGUACGGUACAACGACUCCAUGGAAGACUUCGCUGUCAUCUUCGUCCCCGACUCGCAGCGCUAUUUCAAUUCCGACUUCGGCUUCGGUUACGACAUUCUCUCCGAUUUCGAUCUCCAGAACCGCGUGGUGACCAUUGCCGGCUACCCAGGCGACAAACCGUCGGGCACCAUGUGGAUAGCAGGCGGUAAAAUCAGAAAUAGCCAGAAGAGGAUGAUCCAAUAUGACAAUGACACGAAAGGAGGCCAAAGCGGAAGUCCGGUGUGGACCUGGAGCCGAUAUAAUUGGAUGAUGAUCGGUAUCCAUGGUUACGGCGUGGGCUCCUACAACGCGGCGCGUAGAAUUAACUAUGAAUUCGUUGAGCAGGUUUUGGACUGGGCUAAGGAGUACAAAAGAUGGUAAAUAGAUAACUUUUAGGCAACGCUUUGGCCUGUUACUCUACAUGUUCAAGACCCCCGACAUCACACAGAAGGAUCUGGAGUAAUUGAAUUGGACUUAAUUGAUUAAACGUUUAAUUGAUGAAUCGAUUCAACGUGGACAGGGCUACAGAUUAGAAAAGGGACAGAUAGUUUGCAUUUUUAGCGGUUAGGUCAACGCUUCCACAAAGGCUGCACGUAGAAUAAACACGUCGACUGUUGGACUCAGAUAGCUAUGCACACACAAUGAAUGGUUUAAAAACUUACUGAACACAAACAUAUUGUUACUGGUAUCCUCUCGUAUAUACAGUAUAUAUAUACGCAACAGCAUGAACCUAACGCAGGGCGCAUAACGUUGAGUGUAGAGGGACGUCAGUUCAAAUACGUUACAGAGACACAUAGACAAAAACCACGGACUUUAAAAAAUGAUGUGAUACGUGAAUAUUACUUGUUGAAUAUCUAGUUCUAAUAUAUGGUUGUGAUAUUGUGUGACAUGGACGUAAGGAAAGGUAAUGGAAAGAACCACCACGUUUUGAAGGGUAUCUGAAUGCUAGGAUUAAUGUAAGGUAGCUGCACAGAACGAAAGUCCCCCUUUCACUAUAAAACAAGAAGAGGACCAUAGAGAAUAAGCCCUUAUAACUGAUUCAAAUAUUUUAAUUGAAGUUAUCAUUUGUUCGUGGCUUAGAUAUACUGCUUAUUAACUGUGAGGCAAAAGGCAAGAACUUCUUUUUAAUUGAUCGGUCAAUUUAUUUAUCGAUUUUCAUUUUGUUUCAGUUAAUAUUAGUUUUAUUUUAUUUUAUUUAAUUUUAUUUUAUUUUUGACUGAACGCUUUUGGAUUGAUACCUGCGACCCAAGCCCCGUAACUCGAAAGAAUAGCUACAGUGUAUUAUAUGGGGCGAGUAUGGGCGAGUUAUGGAAUCGAGACGCUUGCGCUCGGUCGCAAUGCGCGAUGCUUUCCAGUUACGGGCCCUGGUUAUAAAGGGGAACUGAAAACAAUUACGUUGCCAAACACGUUGUAUACGCCGCCGUCUAGGAUUUCCACUUGCAAAAUAUUUAUAUCAUACCAACGUUGCUUGUUACUUGCUAGCUAUAGUUGAGUUAAUUUUUAAGAACAGAGUAGUAGGCAGCUGUCUAGGACUCUUGGGUCUAGAUGAGGAAGUUACAUUGUAGUUCGAUUAAUGUUCAGGGCUGGAUACACCACUCACAAUAAUAGAACUUAAGAAAAUCGCUUCUACUUCAGUUUUAGAGAUAAAUGUAUUAAGCUAACCUUUACCCAGGACGAUUUAAUAGUGGUCCAUUUGCAUCAGGAAAGACGUCGUUGAAGUAUAAAUGCAAACUGCUCAAAACGUUGAAAACAAAUUGCGGAUGGAAGUUCCUUUGCGAAGACAGGAAUGAUUGUCCUAGGAAUGGAAUUCCGGGGUCUUAUAUAAUUAGUACAGAUAAGAGUUAGUUGUAGUAUUGGGGUUAGUAUAUAGCACGAAUGUCACCUGUGCAAAGUAAUGGGGAAGGGACUACGGUUCCUAGCGGACUACCGUUUCUGUAACACCGGCCUUGGUUUGCACCAAAGGAAAAAUACAAAUUAUUGAAAUUACACUACAAAUAUGGUAAAUGUGGAAUACGUAAUGUAACUGCAACGAGCGAUGAUUACAUGGAACUCCCAUUGUCCGUAUAACUGCUUUCAAAACUUUAAAUUUGCUAUGGCCAUCUGCUGACGUUUCUUGGAUCCAAACCAGUUAAGAUCUUCAUCUGCUUGAACACACGCUGCUUCUUUGCAUACUUUAUUACUGUUAAUAUUAUCUUUAUGGUUCAUAUUAUAUACAUAUGUUCUUGUUCAUUGUUAACCUCUGCCAAUGAGCCACAAGUAAAAUUUUCUUUAACGGAUGUCAUUUAUAUGACACCAAACCUAAGACCGUGUCAUUCGUUUUUUAAAGCGACUAAAAUCUGUUCUCUUCUCAUACUUUAUCUU